AUGAGUACUGAUAAGUUGGAUACUACUGAUGAUACUAAUACGGCAGAAGUGAAAAAGGAGAUAGAUGCGUCUGAAAAUGUCGUUACGGUUUUUGAUUUAGCUUCGGAAAUUGAAGAUUCCUUGAAGGAUAUCCAGGAAAAGAUUAAGGAUCAGGACGCCAGAUUUAAGCAAUCUGUCUCUAAUAUUGAAGAAGUUGUUGAGAAAUUGAAAGGAUGA